AUGCAACCUCAGGCCGAAAUCCCAGAGCAACCCCCUCCGGGCCACGGGCCAGAUGCGAUGAUACCCGCAACAGGCGCCGUUCCCGCCCGUAUUUAUGCCAGAGUUGGUAACCGCGACACCGUUGACACCGACAUAACCAAGUCGCAGCUCAACGAUAGACUGGUUGAAGAGGCUCUCAGCCUGAACAUCAUCAAGGCUACUGACCGGAUCAACAAAAAUCAGCUCAAGAAGCUCAAGUCAAAGGCCAGAACUGUCUUGAACAAGCUUACCAAAAUUUUCGAUGAGAGCAAGAGUGUCAAGUAUCCCUACAUGGAGCAAAUGGUAGAGCACAUUCUCUUGAACCAGAUCCAAAGCAUUGAAAUGGAUACGAAUUUUGUGACUGAGGUGGCUCGAGAGUGCUUGGUCAGGAUAAUCGCGGUGCAACCAGACUACAGGGUCAUUUACGGUAUGCCAAGUGUUGUUCCUGGAAAGGACUGGCGAAGCUAA